AGCACGGUUUUUCAGGUCCAGAAAUUGGAUUCUACCUGUAAACUAGAAGGCUCCCCGGCACUGACACUAUCAUUACUCAUAAUGGGUGGGAACUCAACGGUCGACUUCUCUUGCCCUGAUAGACACAGUACAGGAGUCCCCCAAUUUCAAAUUUCUCUUUUUCCUCUCUCCCUCCCUCUAAACCUUUUGAUUCCCCAGACUUCAAGAAGGGAGGGCUAAAAUCCUAGCAAUCGAAACCUUUUGAUUCUGCAGUAAAAAUGGCGGCAAAGGUAACAGCAUAUGAAGAAAGUCGCCGAAAGAGAAUGGAAGAGAACAAGAAAAGAUUGGAAGCCCUCAAUCUCUACAAGCUUUCUCGAGCUCUUAAAAUUUCCACCCCUACCAAAUCCUCUCCGAUGAAACGCUCAAAACCUCGAGUAGUCGAGAAACAAGUGGUUGUGGUUAGGAGGUCCAAUCGUAUCGCGAACAAGCCUGCUCCUUUCUUUAAAGAAGCUGUUCUUGAUCGAGUGGUGAUACCAAGAAGGAUUUCCAAGGCAGUAGAUUUGUCAAACCUGGUGUUUGCUACUGAUGAAGCCAGGGCAAAGGCUUUGGAGAAAGCAGAAAAGUUACAAUCUGAUUUAGGAUCUGACUAUCCGACCUUUGUAAAAUCAAUGCUUCAAUCCCAUGUUACUAGUGGAUUUUGGCUGGGGUGUCUUCCACUCGACUUCUGCAGAAGGAACCUUCCAAGGCGAGGCGAUUUCAUCACUCUGAUAGAUGAAGAUGGAGAUGAGUAUCGAGUUACAUAUUUAGCACGACAGAAUGGACUAAGUGGUGGAUGGAAAGGGUUUGCCGUUGCUCAUGGACUGCUAGAUGGAGAUGCUGUCGUUUUUCAGUUAAUCAAGCCUACAACAUGCAAGGUGGUAUAUAUCAUAAGGGUGAAUGGCUCGGAACAGGGCAAUAGUCUUUGAGUUUUCUUAAUGUGGUAUCGGAUGCAGCCAAAUUAAUUUAGGUAAAACAGCUUGUGGUAGAUUGCCCUAGCAGGUUGCAGGAAUUUGGUCCUUGUCCACUUGAAAGGAAAGUAAUUUCCUUGUUUAUAAAAAACCACUAACAUGAAAAUCUCAGGGUCUGUCAUUUUGUAGUCUUGAGCUGUUGGCUGAUCAUCUAUCAAACAAUUAGUAGUGUUUGAUUACUUAAUCCUUAUUUUCAGUUCUCUGCCGCUGCUUUUA